AUGAAAUACCUAAAGAACUUAAAAAAGUACCUAAAAAGGGUAAAAGCUUUUUCGGUGGUAUUUAUGAAACAGCUGUUAAACUUGGUGAUCAGAUUGAAGAUGCACUUACAUUCAAUAAAGAAGAUCAUGACGAUCAUGAAAAAGCGGAAGCUCUUGUUAUUGUUGAAGAAUCAGCCUCUCCUGAAAAAUGUGAAGAAAUUAUUUCAAACCAAAAGGAUGACGGUUGCAUCGAAUUAAAUGAUUCAGUUUGUAAUGAAUUAGACGCUCCUAAAGAAGAAGUCAUUACAACAAUUCAGGAGAAAAUUACUAAUGAUAAACUUAAAUCACCAUCAAUUCUUUCAACUGCUAUUAAUUUAUCAUAUCUUAAAAAUGCUGCAUCUCAAUAUGAAGAUCAAUGGAGAGAUAAAUAUAAUAAAGCUCGUGAAUAUCUCUCAAAACAAAUUGGAGAUGCUAAUGCAGAAAAAGAACUUAUAGAAUGUGCAGAUAAUUAUGUAGUUGAAAAUUGUACAAAGAAGGUGAUUAAAGAUAAAAAGAGAAAUGCAGUAGUUACAAUUCAAGACUCGACCACUCCCGAAAAAUGCGAAGAUGCAGUAUCUAAUCAAAAGGACGAUGGAUCCUUUGAAAUCAGCGAGACUAUCUGUAAUGAAUUAGAUAUUCCCGCUACAAAUGUAGUAACUACGGUAAAAAAAUCCACAAAAAAUAAAAAACUUAAAUCUCCAGAAUGCGAACCAUGGUGGAAAACAGCACUUACUAUUAGUUAUCUUAAAGUCGCCGCACCAAAACAUGAAAAUCUAUGGAAAGAUAAAUAUAACAAAGCUUGCGAAUACCUUUCUAAACAAAUUGGAGACGCUGAUGCCGAAAAAGAAAUUUUAGAUUGCACCGACAAGUUUGUUGUUGAUAAUAUUACUAAAAAGGUUGAAGAUGAUCAUAAGAAAACCGCUGCAAUUGCCAUUAUUCAAGAAUCAGCUUCCCCUGAAAAAUCCAGAGAAAUUGUAUCUAAUCAAAAAGAUGAUGGCUGUAUUGAAUUGGAUGAUUCAGUAUGCAAUGAAUUAGAUGUUCCUAAAGAAGAAAUAAUUACUACUAUCAAAGAGAAAGUCACUAAUCCAAAACUUAAAUUGCCCGAAUUUUCGUCAGCUCUUGCAACUGCUAUCAAUCUUUCGUAUCUUAAGAAUGUUGCGUCUCAACAUAAAGGCGAAUGGGAAGAUAAAUAUAAUAAAGCUCGUGAAUAUCUUUCUAAGCAAAUUGGGGAUAAGGACGCUGAAGAAGAAUUAAUAAAAUGUGCUGAUAAUUAUGUAGUUGAUAAAGCAACAAAUAAAAUAAUCGAAGAACAUAAAGAAGAAGUGAUUACUCUCAAGAAAGAUGAAAUACCUAAAGAACUUAAAAAAGUACCUAAAAAGGGUAAAAGCUUUUUCGGUGGUAUUUAUGAAGCAGCUGUUAAACUUGGUGAUCAGAUUGAAAAUGCAAUUACAUUCUAUAAAGAAGAUCAUGACGAUCAUGAAAAAGCGGAAGCUCUUGUUAUCGUUGAAGAAUCAGCCUCUCCCGAAAAAUGUAAAGAAAUUAUUUCAAACCAAAAGGAUGACGGUUGCAUCGAAUUAAAUGAUUCAGUUUGUAAUGAAUUAGAUGCUCCUAAAGAAGAAGUCAUUACAACAUUUCAAGAGAAAAUUACUAAUGAUAAACUUAAAUCACCAUCAAUUCUUUCAACUGCUAUUAAUCUAUCAUAUCUUAAAAAUGCUGCCUCUCAACAUGAAGAUCAAUGGAGAGAUAAAUACAAUAAAGCUCGUGAAUAUCUCUCAAAACAAAUUGGAGAUGCUAAUGCAGAAAAAGAACUUAUAGAAUGUGCAGAUAAUUAUGUAGUUGAAAAUUGUACAAAGAAGGUGAUUAAAGAUAAAAAGAGAAAUGCAGUAGUUACAAUUCAAGACUCGACCACUCCCGAAAAAUGCGAAGAUGUGGUAUCUAAUCAAAAUGAUGAUGGAUCUUUCGAAGUCCCUGAAACUGUAUGUAAAGAAUUAGAUGUCCCCGUUACAGAAGUAGUAACUACAGUAACAGAAUGCACAGAAAAUGAGAAACUUAAAUCACCAGAAUGCGAACCAUGGUGGAAAACUGCACUUACUAUUAGUUACCUCAAAGUCGCUGCACCAAAACAUGAAAAUCAAUGGAAAGAUAAAUAUAAUAAAGCUCUCGAAUAUCUUUCUAAACAAAUCGGAGACGCUAAUGCUGAAAAAGAAUUAUUAGAAUGUACUGAUAAAUAUGUUGUUGAUAAUAUUACUAAAAAGGUUGAAGAUGAUCAUAAGAAAGCCGCUGCAAUUGCCAUUAUUCAAGAAUCAGCUUCUCCUGAGAAAUCUAGAGAAAUUAUAUCUAAUCAAAAAGAAGAUGGCAGCAUUGAAUUGGAUGACUCCGUUUGCAAUGAAUUAGACGUUCCCAAAGAGACAAUAAUUACUACAAUUAAAAAGAACAUUACUAAUGCAAAACUUCAAUUGCCCGAAUUUUCACCAAGCCUUGCAACUGCUAUUAAUCUUUCUUAUCUUAAAAACGCCGCACCUCAACAUAAAGGUGAAUGGGAAGAUAAAUAUAAUAAAGCCCGUGAAUAUCUUUCUAAGCAAAUUGGAGACAAAGACGCCGAAGAAGAACUGUUAGAAUGUACUGAUAAAUAUGUAGUUUAUAAAAUAACAAAUAAAGUAAUUGAGGAACAGAAAAAGGAUGUUAUAGCUCAAAAAGAAGAUGAAAUACCGAAAGAACUUAAAGCAACUAAACCUAGAAAGGGUAAAAGCUUUUUCGACCCUGAACCUGAAAAAGAUAUUGAAAGCAGUCCUGAAGAAAUAAUUCAAACGCCAAAAAGCGCAAAACAUAAAAGCCAUUUCGGCGGUGUUUAUAAAGAACCGGAACCUGAAAAAAAUACUGAAGGAAGCGUUUUUGACGAAGAACCAGAACUUCAAGAAGGAAACAUUCCUUCAAAAUCUAAAGAUAGAAGUAUUCCUCCAGAACCGAAAGAAAGCAUUCUUAAAGAAGAACCGGAACCUAAAGACAGAGGUAUUCCUGAAGAAGAACCGGUUGCUGAACAUUACGAAACGGCUCGCUCUCUUAUUCUCGAUAGACAUAUCGAAGAUAUUAUUUCAGAUGACAAAGAACCAGAUCAAUCGGAAAAAGUCAUCAUCACUCAAACAUCUAUUACUCCUGAAAUCUGCAAAGCUAUUACUUCCACAGCAGGUGAUGAUGGUCGUAUUGAAUUAAAUGAAACAAUAUGCAAGGAAUUAGAUCUUCCAAAAGAAGAAAUUAUUACCACGAUUCAAAAGAACAUUACAAAUAGCAAACUUAAAUUACCUAAUUUUCCAUCAAUCCUUGCAACCGCUCUUAACCUAUCAUAUCUUAAAAAUGCUGCACCUCAACAUAAAGGUGAAUGGGAUGAUAAAUAUAAUAAAGCCCGUGAAUAUAUCACAAAUCAAAUAGGAGAUGCCGAUGCAGAGAAAGAACUGUUAGAAUUUACAGAUAAUUACGUAAUUGACAAUUGCGCUAAAAAAGCCAUUAAAGAUAAAAAGAGGUCUGCAAUUGUACAUCUCCAAACAUCAACGACUCCCGACAAAUAUAAAACUGCCUUAUCUAAUCAAAAAGAUGAUGGAUCCCUUGAAUUAAAUGAGACUAUUAGUGAAGAAUUGGAUGUCCCUAAAGAAGAUAUUGUGACUACACUCAAAUCGAGUACUACUAACGAGAAACUCCAAUCUCCAGAAUCAGAUUCUUGGUGGAAAACAGCACUUAUAAUUAGUUACCUACAAGUUGCCGCACCUCAUUAUGAAGAUCAAUGGAAAGACAAAUAUAUCAAAGCCCGAGAAUAUCUGUCUAAACAAAUUGAUGAUAAGGAUAUUGAAAAUGAAUUAUUGAAGUGUACUAAUAAAUAUGUGGUUGAUCGAGCUAAUGAGAAAGCUAUUCGUUAUAAUAUUCAAGAAAACGUUUACGUUACUAGACUUGAUUUCACUGAUGAAACCCUUCAGGCAGUUCACGAAGGUUUACGUUCCUCUGUCAAUGACGAAACUGCUCGCGUAAUUUGUGGUGCACAGCAAGAUGACGGUUCCUUUACUUUACAUUCUCAAAUAACCAACCAUCUUGGUAUAGAACCAGUUGACGCUAUUAAAUCCCUUAAGCGUUUCGUUGGUAAUCCUCGACUGAGAGGAUGUGAUGAUUCUAUUUGGUGCACAGCUUUUACAAUCUAUUACAUUGAAGUUGUAUUAUUAAACUACGAAAAUGAAUGUCGCGAUGCCAAGGAUCGUGCCAGAAAAUGGCUAUCUGAACAGAUCAAUGACGCAAAACUCGAGAAAGAAUUAUUUUCUGCGUGUAAACAAUUCUUAAUUGAACAAGGUUGCCGUUGUAUUUAUUCAAUUAAAGCGGAUCCAAAAAAUUACGAGAUUCUUAAACUUAACGUAGACGACGAAACUCGUAAAAUAUUUUUAGAUACCAUACGCACUUAUGGUACAGCAGAUAUUGCUCAGUCACUUUGCUCUGCUCAAGAAAACAAUGGCUCAUUUUCCCUAAAUACUUUGAACACAUCACAACUAUUAAUUCCUUGUGAUGUUGAAUCUCUUAAACGUUAUGUUGGUAGUCUAAAACUUAGAACUUGUGCUGAUUCAAUUUGGCAUACAGCUUUUAUUAUUUAUUACCUUAAAUUUGUUUUGGCGGACCAUGAAGAAGAAUGGCGCAGUGCUUAUGAUCGUGCCAGUGCCUGGAUAACUGAGCAAAUUGAUGAUGCUGAAGCAGAAAAGGAAUUAUACUCGGCUUGCGAGCAAUACUUAAUUCAAUUAGGUAUUGAGUUUAUUAACAAUCAAGGUGGAAUAAAAAAUGUGACCGAAGAAGAGGUCAAUGUUGUUGUUAUUCAAGUUAGCGAUGAAACACGUGAAGCCAUUCACAAAAGUCUUCGUGAUGAUGUCACAGCGGAAGUUGCUCAGACAAUUUGCAACUCUCAAGCAGAUGAUGGCUCAUUCACUCUACACCGGUCAAUUUCUGACCAUCUUAAAAUCCAUUCAAUUGACAAUGCUGUUGAUACUCUCAAGAGUUUUGUAGGUAGCACAUUAUUGAGAAGUUGUGAUUCUCCUAUUUGGUGUACAGCUCUUACAAUCAAAUAUUUAAGAAUUGUGUUGGCUGACUACGAACAAGAAUGGCGGCCUGCGUGUGAACGUGCGGAAGCAUGGAUUAGUAAACAAUGCAAAACCCCUGAAGAAGAAGAAGAAUUAUAUUCAGCAUGCGAUCAAUUCAUAAUCAAACAAGGCAUCGAUAUCCUUAAUGAAAAAAAUAAACAACCACGUCUUUCUAAGAGACGAUCAGUAGUUAAAGGCGAGACUAUUCAAGUCAUUACACUUGUGGCAGAUGAAGAAACUAAAAAAGCUGUGUAUGAGUUCCUUCGUUCUCAAACUAGUCCAGACUAUCCACGUACUCUUACCUCUUCUCAAGAAAAUGAUGGAUCAUUCGCACUUCAUACUUUAAUCUCAGAACAUCUUCAGAUUCCAGCAGUAUAUGUUGGUGAACCUAUUAAACGUUAUGUUCGCAGCCCUCGUUUAAGAGGGUGUGAUGCCUCCGUUUGGAAUACAGCAUUUACGAUCACAUACCUUAAUAUAGUGUUAAAUAAUUGUGAACCUGAGUGGAAACCUGCACACGAACGUGCCACAAAUUGGGUGACUAACCAAAUAAAUGAUUCCGAAUUAGAGAAAGAAUUAUUCUCAGCGUGUGAGCAAUACUUGCUUGAACUAGGCUUUGAUCUUCUUAAUAAUGCCAACGAGGCUCAAACAUCCAAGUCUGUAGAUAUAAUACAAGAUAAGAAAAAUGAACAAGCAAUUACCCAGAAUUAUACAUAUGAUUCCAGUUUAACCGUACCUGAUUUCCAAACUGAAAUAAAUCUAAUACAAGACAAGAAAAAUGAACAAGUAUUGUUUGUCAGUUCAUCAUUUACAAGAAGUGAUCUGGUUGUUUCUAAUUUAUCACUCAAAUUGACCAAAUCUUUAGGCUUGAACUCUGUUGAAAAAGCAAAAAAACAUUUCUCAUCUUACUCACCAAGAAUUGCUCAAUUGGAUGCUAAUGUUUGGAGUACUGCUAUUUCGAUUUGGUAUCUUCGAUAUGUAUUAGUUGAUUUCCGAAGUGAAUGGGUAGAAUCACACCAAAAAGCGUAUAAUUGGCUUUGUCAACAAGUGAAAGGUGAUGAUGUGCGGGAAGAACUUCUUGAGGCUGCUAGAAUAUUUGUUGUUAAAAGAUUUGAGGUUGAUCAGGGUGCUAUACAAGAAGACGAAACUUUCAAGGAAAUUCAGUAUGGUCGAAGAGCUAAUUUUGUAGAUGAAGAACCUCAGGAAAUAGAGGAAUUUGUCUCUAAUGAUGAGGUUGUUGGAAUAGUUAAAAUCGGUGUUAAGUGUGCUAAAGAUCUUAGAAAAUCUGAUAAUUGGUUUACCUUUUCUAAUCCGGAUCCGUACAUUCGCAUUUUUAAUGCUGCCGGAAAUGAAAUGGUUCGCACUAGUGUUAACUAUAGAACUGCUAAUCCAGUUUGGAAUGAAAUUUAUUUUGUUGCAAUUCGUGGUCCAGGAGAAAAAAUUUCAUUUGAAAUUUUUGAUGAAAAUCGUUUUAUAGCGGAUAAAUCUCUUGGUACCUACGUAUUGGACACUAGCGUUUUAGUUCAAAGUGAUGAAGAACCUAAACUUAUGGAUGAGUGGGUCUCACUUCAAAUUGGUAAUAAGCCAGUUAAAGGAAAAUUAAACUUACAAUAUCAAUUUUUCCCUACCUCCUUCACCGAAGGCGAUGAUUUUGUUUUUACUGGAGAAUCCAUUAAACCCCAACAUUUGUAUAUUCUUAUCAGCUGGCGUAACACAAAUAGAUCUUUUGAAUUUUCUGAUAAAUUGGCGCGUUUCUUUAAUUAUAGAUCAUGUGACGAAUUGAAAGAAAGUUUCACAAAGCAUGUAUCUUCAGACAAAGACCUUUUAAAUUAUGACUUGACGAUAUGGUCUACAGCUCUUACGAUUACAUAUUUCAAAGGUUUGUGUUGGGAAUAUUAUGAUGAAUGGAGACAUAUUAUCGAGGAUAGUGAAGCGUGGGUCAGUAGAGAAAUUAACAACGUUGAAAUCGAAGAUCGAUUAUACGAUUUAUGUAGAAAGUUCUUUAUUGCUCAUUUCAAAAUUAACAUUCAAAAACUUGAUAAAGCUCAAUUGGAAAUUAUAACUCCAGUAAAACACACAAUUAUUACACGAAAGUUUAUCACCAUUCGUUAUAUUCGUACGCUUAUUAACCAUCAAAAUGAAGAUGGUUGUAUUGUUCUAAAUGAAAAGGUCGCUGAUUACUAUGGUUUCAAAAGUGUCAAAGUAUUUCUAAAACAUUUGAAAAAAUACUUUAAAACAGAGCGUGUAACCAAAAUUCAUUAUAACGUUUGGGUUACUGCAUGCACUAUUUGGUAUCUACGUUUAGUUGCUGUUGAUCAUCGACUUGAAUGGAUUUCUAAUUAUGAAAAGUUAUCUGAAUGGUUAACAAAACAAUGUAACGGAGAUACUGAACUUGAGAAUGAAAUCAUGAGAUGUGCUAGGGAUUUUAUUGUUUCAAGAUAUGAAGUUGAUAAAGAUGCUAUUGAAGCUGAUAAUAGCUUUAUUACAGCUGUUAAGACUAAAGAUGUAGCUAGGAAAGAAGAAGAAAACGAAACAAAGAGACGAGAAAAAAGACGCAACAGACGGAAGAACAUUUCUUUAUCCGGUAAUAUUGUUAGCCGAGAAACUACUAAUGAUAAAACUGUUAAAGAUUUCAUAACUUGUUGUACAAAGAAAGAUCAUUAUCAACUUGACGACAAUAUUGCCCAACAUCUUGGAUUCCUAAAUAAAGAGUCCCUAGAAGCAGCAUUACGAAUUCAUUUUCUUUCUGAGGACGUAUCGAAACUUCAUAGUGAUAUUUUAAUCACUGCAAUAUCGAUAUGGUAUCUCCGUUUGGUAGCUGUCGAUCAUCGUGAUCAGUGGUCUACCGAUUGCGAUACAUUAUAUAAAUGGAUAAGUUCACAAAUUAAAAAUCCUCAUAUCGAACGAAAGCUUUAUGGAUCUUCCAAGAUCUUUGUGAUUAAUCAAUACAAGAUUAACGAUGAUGUUCUUGAAUUAGAUGCUCCAUACCAAGAUAGUUCUACGGAUUUCGAAAGUGCCAAAACUAUCAAAGACGAAGACUUAAUUAUUGAACCCAUAAAAAAAGAAGAACUUAAAAAAGAACCCAAAAAAAGUCUUUUCGGUGCGGUUUAUAAAGCAACUGCCAAACUUGGUGAUAAGAUUGAGGAUGCCCUUACAUUUAAUAAAGACGACCAUGAAGAUCACGAAAAAGCAGAAGCUUUUAUUGUCGUUGAGGAAUCAGUCACUCCUGAAAAAUGCAAAAGAAUUAUUUCAGCCAAAAAAGAUAAUGAUAGUAUUGAAUUAAAUGAUUCAAUUUGUAAUGAAUUAGAUGUUCCUAAAGAAGAUGUCAUUAAAAUAAUUCAGAAGAAAAUUACUAAUAAUAAGCUUAAAACACCUGAGUUAUCAAAAAGCCUUGCAACCGCCAUUAAUAUUUCAUAUCUUCAGAAAGCUGCUUCUAAACAUAAAGAUGAAUGGGAAGAUAAAUAUAAUAAAGCCCGUGAAUAUCUUUCUAAUCAAAUUGGAGACAAAGCCGCCGAAGAAGAAUUAAUAGAAUGUGCUGAUAAUUAUGUAGUUGAUAACGUAACAAAUAAAGUAAUUGAGGAACAGAAAGAGGAUGUGAUUGCCAUUAAGGAGGAUGAAAUACCAAAAGAACUGAAAAAAGAACCUGAAAAAGAACCUAAAAAAGAUCAUAAAAGCUUUUUCGGUGGUAUUUAUGAAAGAGCUACUAAACUUGGUGAUCAGAUUGAAAAUGCACUUACAUUUAAUAAAGAAGAUCAUGACGAUCAUGAAAAAGCAGAAGCUCUUAUUAUCGUUGAAGAAUCAGCCACUCCUGAAAAAUGUAAAGAAAUUAUUUCAGACCAAAAGGAUGAUGGUUGCAUUGAAUUAAGUGAUUCAGUUUCUGCGUCUCAAUAUAAAGGUGAAUGGGAAGAUAAAUAUAAUAAAGCCCGUGAAUAUCUCUCAAAACAAAUAGGCGAUGAUGAGGCGGAAAAAGAACUAAUAGAAUGUGCAGAUAAUUAUGUAGUUGAAAAUUGUAUAAAGAAGGUGAUUAAGGAUAAAAAGAGAAAUUCAGUUGUUACAAUUCAAGACUUAACCACUCCCGAAAAAUGCGAAGAUGCAAUAACUAAUCAAAAGGACGAUGGAUCUUUUGAAAUCAGCGAGACUAUUUGUAAUGAAUUAGAUAUUCCCGCUAUAGAUGUAGUAACUAAAGUAAAAAAAUGCACAAAUAAUAAGAAAUUAAAGUCACCAGAAUGCGAACCAUGGUGGAAAACAGAACUUACAAUUAGUUACCUUAAAGUUGCCGCACCAAAACAUGAAAAUCUAUGGAAAGAUAAAUAUAACAAGGCUUGCGAAUAUCUUUCUAAACAAAUUGGAGACGCUAAUGCCGAAAAAGAAAUAUUAGAUUGCACCGACAAAUAUGUUGUUGAUAAUAUUACUAAAAAGGUUGAAAAAGAUCAUAAGAAAAAUGUUGCAAUUACUAUCAUUCAAGAAUCGGCUUCUCCUGAGAAAUCUAGAGAAAUUGUAUCUAAACAAAAAGAAGAUGGCAGCAUUGAAUUGGAUGACUCUGUUUGCAAUGAAUUAAACGCUCCCAAAGAAGAAAUAAUUACUACAGUUAAAAAGAACAUUACUAAUAUAAAACUUCAAUUACCCGAUCUUUCAUCAAGUCUUGCAACUGCCAUUAACCUUUCGUAUCUCAAGAAUGCUGCGUCUCAACAUAAAGGUGAAUGGGAAGAUAAAUAUAAUAAAGCCCGUGAAUAUCUUUCUAAGCAAAUUGGGGAUAAAGAUGCCGAAGAAGAACUAUUAGAAUGUACCGAUAAAUAUGUAGUUGAUAACGUUACAAAUAAAGUAAUUGAGGAACAGAAAAAAGAGGUGAUUGCCCUUAAGAAAGACGAAGUACCGGAAGAACUUAAAUCUAAGAAAGGUAAAAGCUUUUUCGGUGGCAUUUAUGAAGCAGCUGCUAAGCUUGGUGAUCAGAUAGAAGAUGCUAUUACAUUUAAUAAAGAUGACCAUGAUGAUCAUGAGAAAGCAGAAGCUCUUAUUAUAGUUGAAGAAUCAGCCACUCCUGAAAAAUGUAAAGAAAUUAUUUCAGAUCAAAAGGAAGACGGUUGCAUUGAAUUGAGUGAUUCAGUUUGUGAUGAGUUAGAUACACCUAAAGAAGAGAUCAUUACAACAAUUCAAGAGAAAAUUACUAAUGAUAAACUUAAAUCACCAUCAAUUCUUUCAACUGCUAUUAAUCUAUCAUAUCUUAAGAAAGCUGCGUCUAAACAUAAAGGUGAAUGGAUAGAUAAAUAUAAUAAAGCUCGUGAAUAUCUCUCGAAACAAAUAGACGAUGCUGAUGCAGAAAAGGAACUUUUAGAAUGUGCAGACGAUUACGUAAUCGAGAAUUGUACAAAGAAAGUUAUUAAAAACAAAAAGAGAAAUUCAAUCGUUAUCGCUCAAAACAAUACCACUCCCGAAAAAUGCGAAGAUGUGGUAUCUAAUCAAAAGAACGAUGGAUCUUUCGAAGUCAGCGAAACUAUAUGUAAGGAAUUGGAUGUCCCCGUUACAGAAGUAGUAACUACAGUAACAGAAUGCACAGAAAGUGAGAAACUUAAAUCACCAGAAUGCGAACCAUGGUGGAAAACUGCACUUACAGUUAGCUACCUCAAAGUCGCUGCACCAAAACAUGAAAAUCAAUGGAAAGAUAAAUAUAAUGCAGCCCUCAAAUAUCUUUCUAAACAAAUCGGAGACGCUAAUGCCGAAAAAGAAAUAUUAGAUUGCACGGAUAAAUAUAUUAUUGAUAAUAUUACUAAAAAGGUUGAAAAAGAUCAUAAGAAAAAUGCUGCAAUUACUAUUAUUCAAGAAUCAGCUUCUCCUGAGAAAUCUAGAGAAAUUGUAUCUAAUCAAAAAGAAGAUGGCAGCAUUGAAUUGGAUGACUCCGUUUGUAAUGAAUUAGAUGCUCCCAAAGAAGAAAUAAUUACUACAAUUACAAAGAACAUUACUAAUGCAAAACUUAAAUUGCCCGAAUUGUCAUCAAGUCUUGCAACUGCCAUUAAUCUUUCUUAUCUCAAGAACGCUGCAUCUCAACAUAAAGAUGAAUGGGAAGAUAAAUAUAAUAAAGCCCGUGAAUAUCUUUCUAAUCAAAUUGGAGACAAAGCCGCCGAAGAAGAAUUAAUAGAAUGUGCUGAUAAUUAUGUAGUUGAUAACGUAACAAAUAAAGUAAUUGAGGAACAGAAAGAGGAUGUGAUUGCCAUUAAGGAGGAUGAAAUACCAAAAGAACUGAAAAAAGAACCUGAAAAAGAACCUAAAAAAGAUCAUAAAAGCUUUUUCGGUGGUAUUUAUGAAAGAGCUACUAAACUUGGUGAUCAGAUUGAAAAUGCACUUACAUUUAAUAAAGAAGAUCAUGACGAUCAUGAAAAAGCAGAAGCUCUUAUUAUCGUUGAAGAAUCAGCCACUCCUGAAAAAUGUAAAGAAAUUAUUUCAGACCAAAAGGAUGAUGGUUGCAUUGAAUUAAGUGAUUCAGUUUCUGCGUCUCAAUAUAAAGGUGAAUGGGAAGAUAAAUAUAAUAAAGCCCGUGAAUAUCUCUCAAAACAAAUAGGCGAUGAUGAGGCGGAAAAAGAACUAAUAGAAUGUGCAGAUAAUUAUGUAGUUGAAAAUUGUAUAAAGAAGGUGAUUAAGGAUAAAAAGAGAAAUUCAGUUGUUACAAUUCAAGACUUAACCACUCCCGAAAAAUGCGAAGAUGCAAUAACUAAUCAAAAGGACGAUGGAUCUUUUGAAAUCAGCGAGACUAUUUGUAAUGAAUUAGAUAUUCCCGCUAUAGAUGUAGUAACUAAAGUAAAAAAAUGCACAAAUAAUAAGAAAUUAAAGUCACCAGAAUGCGAACCAUGGUGGAAAACAGAACUUACAAUUAGUUACCUUAAAGUUGCCGCACCAAAACAUGAAAAUCUAUGGAAAGAUAAAUAUAACAAGGCUUGCGAAUAUCUUUCUAAACAAAUUGGAGACGCUAAUGCCGAAAAAGAAAUAUUAGAUUGCACCGACAAAUAUGUUGUUGAUAAUAUUACUAAAAAGGUUGAAAAAGAUCAUAAGAAAAAUGCUGCAAUUACUAUUAUUCAAGAAUCGGCUUCUCCUGAGAAAUCUAGAGAAAUUGUAUCUGAACAAAAAGAAGAUGGCAGCAUUGAAUUGGAUGACUCCGUUUGCAAUGAAUUAGACGCUCCCAAAGAAACAAUAAUUACUACGAUUAUUUCAUCAGUCAAUGAGAAAAAUUGUGAUGUUGAUAAAACUAAUAUAGGUAACUAUCAUAUAUAA